UGGAGGAGGAUAGCGAAGGGGAUAAAUCGGAGGGAGGAAGAGGGGGUGAGAGCUGAGGAAGCGAUGCAUUCGCACGCCGCCCUUCAAUCCACCGCCACCGUCACACCACCACGGCCUCUCAUGGCCCUCCACCGCCACCACCUCGCCCCUCUACCCAGACCCCUCUCCUUCCCGCCGCCCCCAAACCCUAAUCUCCGCACACGACUUGUCCUAUCUCCCGUUGGUCUUGGCCCGAGGAAGCCUCGCGCCGCCUCUGGAAUCACGGCCUCCGCUGCCGCAGCCCCGGCGCCCGUGGAUUCCGACGUCAGGGACGCUCUCGAGCGAUGCUUUGCGUUGUCGACCGAGUCCGGGCCGCUCUCCUACUUAUCGUCCCCCGCCACUUCCGGGGCCGCGAAGCCGGUAAUGAAAGGGGGCAAGUAUGGGGCCUUCGGCGCGGUGACGCUGGAGAAGUCGAAGCUUGAUCUGUCACAGAAGACGAGGAGGACUAGUCCGGAGUUAGCAGUUGGUGGAGGAGGUGGCGAUAUUGGAAAGAAAAAUUUCCAUGGUGGGGGUGAUGGAGGAGAUGAUGAUGGUGAUGAUGAUGAUUACUUUGAUGAUUUUGAUGAAGAGGAUGAUGGAGAUGAAGGUGGAUUAUUUAGAAGACGCAUGGUUCUUCAAGAGCUUUUUGACAGGAAAUUUGUAGAUGCUGUGCUUCAGGAGUGGUACAAGAGCAUGAUAAACUUGCCUGCUGGUCUUCGACAAGCUUAUGAAAUGGGAUUGGUCAGUUCUGCUCAAAUGGUCCGGUUCUUGACAAUGAAUGCAAGACCAACUGUUUCUAGAGCCAUAUCUCGAACACUUCCAGAAUGGUUAUCUAGGGCUUUCGUUGGAAGGAUGAUUGCAGAUCCAUCUUUCUUGUAUAAACUACUCCUAGAAGAGACCGUGACUUGUGCCUGUUCCCUUUGGUGGGAGUUUAAGAAUCGCAAAGAGAGGAUGAAGCAAGAAUGGCAAUUGGCACUUGUUAAUGUCCUUACUGUAAUGACUUGUAAUGGAAUAAUGGUUUGGAGCCUUGCACCUUGUCGUUCGUAUGGGAAUACAUUCCGCUUUGACUUGGAAAACACCAUCCAGAAACUUCCAAACAAUAUCUUCGAGAACAGCUAUCCUAUGAGGGAAUUUGAUUUGCAGAAAAGAGUUUAUUCGUUCUUCUACAAGGCUGCAGAAUUUUCUCUGCUUGGAUUAACUACAGGAUCAAUUCAAGGUGCUUUGUCAAAAGCUUUUGCAGCAAAGAGGGAUGGGAGUAAGUUGUCAGUGACCAUUCCUUCUGUAAGUACCAAUGCUCUUGGAUAUGGUGCCUUUUUAGGACUUUAUGCAAACAUGCGGUAUCAGCUUUUAAAUGGACUUGAUAGAGCUAUGGUCAACCACUUUGAUGUUCUUGGGGUUGCAAUCUUUUUCAGCACAGCAUUGAGAAUUUUGAAUGCCCAGCUUGGAGAGACAUCAAGGCUUGCUUGGCUUGGGGUGGAAGCUAAUCCUCUACUCGAGUCGGAGAAUCUGUUGAAAGCAUACAACAGACCCUCAGAUGCGGUGGAGAGCUCAUCAUCCAAAUGGUUCAUCUCCAAGAAUGCCAUAAUCUCUGGCCUCGGAUUGCUCGGCCUCAAGCAAGGAAGCGGUGAACCGGAAGCCACACCCCCAAAGACACGUCGCAAAAGAAUCAUUAGGAAAAAGGUCAAUGCUGGUUCACCAUAGUGGGCAAACAAUCUUCUCGCAGCAUGCGGUUUACUCUUCUAUAAUGCAAAUGAAGUGAGCAGGUCAUCCAUCCACAUGGCUUUUAUUAUCUUCAGAUAGAAGAAGCCGUCCAAACAAGAUCGGGCCAUGAUUCUUUUGGCGAUUAGACAGACUUAACAGAUCCAAUGAGCAAUAAGAUAGUGAGUGCCCCUAUUUCUUUGCGAUCAAGAGAGGAAUUAGCAUUUUGUUUUUGUUUUAUCCUUUCAUUUCCGAGUACUACGAGUCUAGGAAAUUUUAUCUGCUGCCUUCCUUUUUUUAUUGUAUUUUAAGGAAUGUUAUUCAUUUAGUAUAUGCAGGUAUUACUGGCAAGAACUUGUGUGGAUGAGCUCUGUGCUGUCGGUCAACAGAAACAUAUGUUCGAAAACCCAAUGUUUUGUUGUUGUAUCCA